AUGCAGUCUCGAGGAGUGCGUAAGCAAAUCGAUCUAUCUAAACAGUCUACCAUUAAUUGGUCACCCCUGGCUUGCGAACCGACGGUGACGAAAACAAAACCGGAAAAUCUAAUAGAGCGGAAGGAGGAUGUCGUUAGUGAAUCUCAGCCGGUACCAACGGUGAAAGUACCAGAUGAAUUCAUAGCACCACUUGCGUUUUAUGAAAAGCCUAUACCGGCUUUUAGACGUUUUGCCCAUUUGGCAGAGUCGCCCACUCCGGUUGUACCAGAUGAGCACACGGAAAGCGUCCCAUUCAAGCCCACCACUCCGGUACGGCCAGAGAUAGAGCUCACUCAAACGACAGAAAAAAUUCCACAAGGUUUAGUUCUCCCGUUUGAGUUCCGAGCCUUGUUGGAGUUGUUUCGCAGUUGUGACACCAUUGUCAGCAUGUUGCACAAUCGGAAGGAACUGUGUAGUUUCGACAAGUUAAAACCAGCUGUACAAGAAGUGGUGCGCCGGAAUUUUGAGGAAUCUCAUGUUGCUCAGUUCAUGACGGUUUAUCCCAUGGUUUAUCAUCUGAGGUAUGAAAAGCAGUUGGAUAAGUACACGCAUCGUCAAACCGGAGCAUAUGUCCUUGUGUUAUCGCCAAACUUGCGAACGGCUCUAUGUUCCUCGUCCCAGCUGUGCAUACUCCGAACGGAUGAUCUUUUUUCAUUUCAGGAAUUUCUUAAAACGCUCCCUGGUAUAAAUGCAUCCGACCUCCCUGACGAUACUGAGCUGCGUCGCUGGCACCCGAAAUUCGCCCUUGAUAUCAUCGUCCCGCCAAUCCAACCCUCCCCUUUGCCUAUCAAACCCUCGGACGCGGAGCACAACAUUACCACAGCCAGAGACGCUGUAAGAGCAUUUCAAGCUAGAGCACUAUUCCGUGAGGCGGAAGCCUGUCAAAAUGUCGCUAACUCGUACCUCUCAAAUCGUCUGCCGAGCAUCCCCAGUCCAACCAAAGCGAGUGCUUGUUCUCCAAGAAAGCUUACCUCCACUCUGGAUGGUGUCCCUACCAUCAACCAGGCCGUGCCCUCGGUCGCCUUGUUUUCGUCUUCGAUUACAGAUUUUGGCGCGAGUGCCGAUUCUCCUAUUUCGUCAAAAUUAAAGGGAAUUUCAGCUACCCUACUGGCUAAGGUUCGUGCGCGAGAGAACGAGCGUCGUCUUCUAACUCAGCUCACUCGAAGUCAUAUUCCAGAAUCUCGUCGAGCUAUCUAUGCCCGGCUUCCGUCUUUUGUGCCACAAGUGUGGACCGUGAUGCGCACCGGUAACGGUCGUCCAUUGCCGCUAUCAGUCGUCGUCAGUCGCAUUGCUGGUGGAUAUCAUGGGGGUUUAUCCGCAGAUGCCGUUGGCGAACAUCUGAAUGUCCUCCUUGAACUGUGCCCAUUCUGGAUUGAGAAGCUUGGUUGGAGCGAUCCGCAUCUUAAAGUCCGUUCGGCAAAAUAUUCUGUAAAAGAAAUUUUGGAUCAUGUGAAAGAAACUCUGUCCAAAGAAGGAUAUCAAUUGUAG